AUGCGCGAAGAAGCCUUUCGACGCCUGCGGGAGUUCACCCGGGAACGCGGUCUGAAGAAAUCCCGGCAGCGGGAACUCAUUCUGGACCGUUUCCUCGGCCUGGGCGGACAUGUCUCCGCCGACGACCUCCAUGGCAACGUGCGGGAGGCGGACGCCUCCAUCGGCCGCACAACCGUCUACCGGGCUCUCCGCCUCUUUUGCGAAGCCCACAUCGCGACCUCGAUUGACCUGAAGGACGGUCUCACCCGGUUCGAGCCGGCGCUCUCGCGGGGACAUCACGAUCACCUCAUCUGUGUCCGUUGCAACCGGAUCGACGAGUUCCUGUCGCCGGAAGUCGAGCAGCGGCAAGAGGAGAUCGCAACCGAACACGGCUACCGGCUCGUCUGGCACCGGCACCAGCUCUACGGCGUCUGCUCGCACUGCCAGGGAGCCGCCCAGGACUAA